GUCUCACUUUGUCCCACGUUAUUGAACGCAGCUUGAUGAAAUGACGUGUCAAGAAAGUGCCGGAAGCUUUCAAUCUGUCCAAAAUGGCUUACCAGACUUUACAACAAGAGUAUCUACAGAUUCCUGUUGUUACCAGGGCAUACACAACCGCUUGCGUCCUCACAACUGCUGCAGUGCAACUAGAGAUCAUCACACCUUUUCAGCUAUACUUCAAUCCGGAUUUGAUUCUAAGGAACUACCAGGUAUGGCGACUAAUAACCAACUUCUUGUUUUUUGGUCCAGUUGGCUUCAAUUUCCUGUUCAAUAUGAUUUUUCUAUACAGAUACUGUCGUAUGCUGGAGGAGGGAUCCUUCAGGGGACGAACGGCUGACUUUGUCUUCAUGUUCCUCUUUGGUGGGCUGCUCAUGACUGUAUCCUUCCUGUGAAUCAAUCAAAAACCAUUUUACCUUAUGAUUUAUUACUUAUAUGACCUUCAACUCUCUAGUAUCAGUAAUACUGCUCUACUUUUACAAAUAGUGUGUGCACGUCCAUGCAUGUACACUAUUUGUGCACACAUUUAAACACAAUAUUCAUGUUUAAGUAGUAUUUGGCAAGAAUGCAAAUUUGAUUUUUGAGAAAACGUUAAUUGAAAAAUUAAGGUAAGCAAACAGAAUGCCGCUGCAGAUAUAAGAGGAAGCCAUCAGGCAAACAUCAAGUGCAAAAGAAAAGGAUCUUAGGUAAAAAGGUUUAAAAAAAAAAAAGAAUAGAAUCACUUUAUUCAUCCCCGAAGAAAGGAGGUUUCUUAGAUAUAUAAUUACAUAUGUGAUCAUAUAUGAUCUACUCAAAGAUCCAUCCAUCCAUUCAUUUUUUUCCCGCUUAUCCUGCCUCCGCUUGUCCAAGCUGCGGAGGCAACAGACGAAGCUGCUUGUUCCAGACGUCCUCACACCAGCAACGCUUUCCAGCAUCUACUCAAAGAUGAGCGGCAAAAAAACCUGACAUCAAUGUGACAAUGGGACU